AUGGGCAAGGACCAGGAGCUGAUGCAGGCGGUGAAGGCGGAGGACGUGGGCACGGUGCAGAAGCUGCUGCAGCGGCCCAAGCCCGGCAAAGCCAAGCUCCUUGGGUCCGCAAAGAAAGUCAAUGUCAACUUCCAAGACACUGAUGGGUUCUCGGCGCUGCACCACGCUGCUCUCAAUGGGAACACAGAGCUCAUCUCUCUGCUGCUGGAGGCCCAGGCCGCUGUGGACAUCAAGGACAAUAAAGGGAUGCGGCCCCUGCACUACGCCGCCUGGCAAGGCAAGAAGGAGCCCAUGAAAAUGGUGCUGAAAGCCGGGUCGGCCGUGAACGUCCAGUCAGACGAGGGGCAGAUCCCCCUGCACCUGGCGGCGCAGCACGGGCACUAUGACGUGUCGGAGAUGCUGCUCCAGCACCAGUCCAAUCCGUGCAUCGUGGACAUUUGCGGGAAGACGCCCCUGGACUUGGCGUGUGAGUUUGGCCGGGUCGGGGUGGUCCAGCUGCUCCUGAGCAGCAAUAUGUGCACAGCCCUGCUGGAGCCCAAGCCGGGAGACGCCACCGACCCCAACGGCACCAGCCCCCUGCACCUGGCCGCCAAGAACGGGCACAUCGACAUCAUCAGGCUCCUGCUGCAGGCUGGCAUUGACAUCAACCGGCAAACCAAGGCGGGCACGGCCCUGCACGAGGCAGCCCUGUGUGGCAAGACGGACGUGGUGCGCCUCCUGCUGGACAGCGGGAUCAACGCCCACAUCCGGAACACGUACAGCCAGACGGCGCUGGACAUCGUCCACCAGUUCACCGCCACCCAAGCCAGCAAGGAGAUCAAGCAGAUGCUGCGGGAUGCCUCGGCGGCGCUGCAGGUCAGGGCCGUUAAAGAUUAUUGCAACAACUACGACCUGACCAGCCUGAAUGUGAAAGCCGGGGACGUCAUCACCGUUCUGGAGCAGCAUGCGGACGGCAGGUGGAAGGGCUGUAUCCAUGACAACCGGACCGGCAAUGACCGCGUGGGCUAUUUCCCGUCCAGCCUGGUGGAAGCCAUCAGCAAGCGCACAGCAGGUCCGUGGGGCGCAGUCACCAUUCCCCACCACUACCAAAAGAUCCCGCUCCCAGCGCCCAGGGCGGCUGUGCUUAACGGUGACUCCUCGUCCCAUCCGUUCCAUUUCUUGCCUCCACCUCCACCUCCUCCACCACAUUCCCAUCAGCCUCUUUUCAGUUCCUUUGGCUAUCACAGGCUCUCCCAUAGCACUGCAGAGGAGCUGCCUUUUGGACCAGGUUCCCGGGGGUCCGACAGCCCGUCGCAUCUGUCGCCGUCGCAGGGCGGAUCCGCUGCCACGCCGGCUCCAGUGGAAGAGAUCUGGGUGCUGCGCAAACCCUUUGCAGGUGGGGACCGCAGCAGCCUGGGGAGCACAGGAAGCGUGGCCAGUGCCCGGAGCUCGGGAAGUGGCAGCCAUGCCCUGCAUGCUGGCUCCGAAGGGGUCAAGCUGCUGGCGACGGUCCUGUCCCAGAAGGCGUCGGUGCAAGAGUCUGUGGUGGGUGAUGGGCCGGGCAAGGCCCUGGAGGCUCCUGCAGGGUCGUCUCGGACCCAGAGCCUGGCCAGCUCUCCCUACGCCGGGCAGCCACCCGCCGAGCAGCAGCUGAAGAAGAUAGAGCCAAUGUCAGAAGGGAAGAGCUCCGAGGCCGUCUACCAGUGGCUCUGCAAGUUCCAGCUGCAGCUGUACGCGGCCAACUUCAUCAAUGCCGGGUACGACAUCCCCACCAUCAGCCGCAUGACGCCAGAGGACCUCACAGCCAUCGGCGUGACGAAACCUGGGCACAGGAAGAAGAUCACCUCGGAGAUCAACAGCCUGAACAUCCCUGAGUGGCUUCCGGAGUACAAGCCGGCCAACCUGGCUCUCUGGCUCUCCAUGAUCGGCCUGGCCCAGUACUACAAAGUCCUGGUGGAGAACGGCUACGAGAACAUCGACUUCAUCACGGACAUCACGUGGGAGGAUCUGCAGGAGAUCGGGAUCACGAAGCUGGGCCACCAGAAGAAGCUGAUGCUGGCGGUGAAGAAGCUGGCAGAAAUCCAGAAGGCCGAGUACGUCAAGUACGAGUCGGGGACCCUGAAGAAGAAGGCGCCCCAGUCUCUGGACGUGCUGGCCAUCGAGUCCCCCCAGCAGGAGAACGCCGAGUGCCAGUCUCCCAAGAUGACCACCUUCCAGGACAGCGAGCUGAGCAGCGAGCUGCAGGUGGCCCUCACGGGCACGGGCGAGGCAUCCGAGGGCCAGGAGAAGCAGGCGAACCAUGUGGCACACAUCCGGGACGGAGCAGGCUACCGGGGCCCCUCCUCCAGGCACGUGCAUGAGAACAGCCUGAGCGGCCGGGCCAAGCACAUAAGCAGCUCCCAGGAGCUGCUGGGGGACGGGCCCAAGGGGCCGAGCGCAGCCAUGUCCAAGAGCCAGGAGUUCCUGACGGAGGAGGUGAAGGAGGGGCCCCCCAGCAUGCCCAAGGAGGUCAGGCCCGCGCGGCACGGGCACCCCGUCAAGAGAGCCAGCGUGCCUCCGGUGCCAGGCAAGCCCAGGCAGUCAUUCCCCCCGGCCGGGGGGCGCUUCACCCCACCGCAGACGCCCACCAAGCCGCGGCCGUCCUCGCCCCAGACGCUCAUCGUGGGCCAUGCCACGGCCAAGGUCAAGCCCACGCCGCAGCUCCUCCAGCAGGCUGACCGCCCCAUGUCGCCCCGGUCCCUGCCUCAGUCCCCCACCCACAGGGGCUUUGCCUACGUCAUGCCGCAGCCCGUGGAGGGCGAAAGCCUCGCCCGGCACCCCCCGGGCCCCGUGGCACAAGGAGUCCCAGUCCUGCCGGUGUCGGUGCCUGUGCUCUGCCUGCCGCCGCAGAGCGGGGAGGCGGAGGAGGAGCUGGGCAGGCCGAAGAAGCGCGCGCACAGCCUGAACCGCUACGCCAUGUCCGACAGCGAGCAGGAGCGGGACGAGCUGCUGGUGCCGGACGCCGGGCCCUACGCCACAGUGCAGCGGCGGGUGGGCAGGAGCCAUUCGGUGCGGGCGCAGUCGGGUGGAGACAAGAACGUCAACCGCAGCCAGUCUUUUGCUGUCCGGCCCAAGAAGAAGGGGCCGCCCCCGCCGCCCCCCAAGCGCUCCAGCUCCGCCAUCUCCAGCACCAACAUGGCCGACGACUUCAGCAAGGAGGGGGGAGGGGCCGCGCCCGGCGGGGAGGAGGAGGAGGCGCAGGAGAGUUACCGGGAGCAGCGGCGCGCGAGCGACGUGGGGGGCAGCGUGGACACAGGCAGCGCGGGCAGCGUGAAGAGCAUCGCCGCCAUGCUGGAGAUGUCCUCUAUUGGCGGGGGCGCCCGGGGGCUGGCCCUGCAGAAGCCUCACCCAGGAGGAGGAGGGAAGGGACCCGACGGCUACUACCUGCACCCUGCUGGCGCCAUGCACCUGGCCAGCCCGGAGCAUUCCCGCGUGGCCGCCGUCCUGGCCACUGCGAAGCACAAAGACGCCAUCGGCCUGGACGGGGAGGUGGUGAACCGGCGCAGAACCAUCAGCGGCCCCGUGACCGGCCUCAUCGCGGCCGCCCGCCGGGAGCGCUCUGACAGCAUCCGGUCGGACACGGGCAAGGACGGCGGCCCGGUGGAGCGGCUGCGGGCGGAGCCCGGGGGCUCCCCCCAGAACAGCUCGGCUGAGAACAUCCCCUUUGCCGAGGACGGGACCCUGACCAUCAAGCAGCGGCCCAGGCAGAUGGGGCUGGCCAGGGGCGAGGCAGGGGAGGGGCUGUCGCCUGCUCACCGGCACGGGGACCUGGCCAAGGUGGAGGCCAGCGCCACACUCAAGAGGAGGAUCCGGGCCAAACAGAGCCAGCAGGACAGCGUCAAGUUCAUCCUGACCGAGUCGGACACGGUGAAGCGACGGCCCAAGUCCAAGGACAAGGAGCAGGGGCUGGAGCCGGCCCCCCUCUCCGUCUACCAGAACGGCACCGGCACCAUCAAGCGGAGGCCGGCGUCUGAGAUGAGCGGCGCGGAGACGCCCCCGCUGGGCCCUGCUGCAGGCCACAGGCAGGACAGGCUGGAACACGUGCCGCAGGCUGUGGGCGGGGAGCCCAAAAAGCCCUUCAAGCCGCCGGUCUCUCCCAAGCCCGUGUUAACCCCACAAGCACAGAAGGUCCCCGGGCCGCCCACACCCACGUCCAAAAAGGCACCGCUCCCCAGCCCCGGCAGCCCAGAGGUGAAGCGAGUCCAUGGCACCCCACCCCCGGUGUCGCCCAAGCCCCCACCGCCCCCGACGGCACCCAAGCCCCCCAAGCUCCACGCUGCCAUCCAGUCAGUGAGCGCGGGCUCCACGCCCACCCCAUCCCCUGCCAAGCAGCUCACCACCACGAUCAAGCCUUCAAGCACACCGCCUUCGCUCUGCUCGAGCCCCGCCAAGCCCUUGUCGCCCGGCGGGCAGCCCCAGCAGGUGCCCGUCAAGCCGCCGCGCUCCUCCAUCGCCGGGCCCUCGACGGAGAGUGCCAGCCCCGAGAUGGCACACCAGAAGCUGGAGGAGACCAGCGCCUCGCUGGCAGCUGCCCUGCAGGCCGUGGAGGAGAAGAUCAAGCAGGAGGACGGGCAGGCAGCAGACUCUGCCACAGAAGCGAAGAGCACAGUCAGCAUCCUGGACGACAUCGGCAGCAUGUUCGACGACCUGGCCGACCAGCUGGACGCCAUGCUGGAAUGAGGCCCGAGGAGAACCCCAGCUAACCUCAGGAUUUACCGUGGGUACAAGGGCACAACGAUCCCCUGACUCCCAGCCCCCCUCCCUGCCCCUUGUACAGCCUGUCCCCCCUCGGCGACUAGCCCAUCCUUCGGGGUUUGCACAAAGAAGAAAAGAUUACCUCAGGAUUGUGCUCACACAGACCGCGGCCUGCGGCGCUCGGGGCAGGCUUCUGGCGGGAGUGGGUUUGCAGAAGCAAAAAAACAAAAAGCCCUGUUAUGUUUUUUUCCCUGCCUAAGUAGCAAGCGACUGUGGGAUAAAGGCGCCCGUAAUGCCAUCGAAACCCAACUGCCAGGCCGAGAACGCAGUGGGGUGGGGCUCGGCCCCUGACUCGCCUCUCCAGGCCAAACCCGAACCCCAGCGAGAACGGUUCUGUUCCGGUUGUGCCGUCUAGCUGAACUUCCGCCUUUUUUAGUUUGAACCAAUCGUCCUCUCUCUCUCGCCGGACUCCCAGAUGUGACAACUCUGUGUGUAGCCAAACGUGGCCCGAAUCAGUAUUGAUCCGUCUGCUUUCCUCCCCGUUCGGUUUGGGUUAGACUCUUGUUCUGGUGACGCCGUGUUGCUAUCGUGUCUCGACCGAGCACUGCCAUUAGCCCGUAUGCCGCCGUCUGCGUUCCCAUGUCCCCGUCUGCUGAUGCUGGGAGACGCUAGGAGUGGGUGCCAGGGUGGGGGCUUGCCCGCUGGCGUUCGGUUAGCUGCAUGCUUUGUUUUAUUCGGAAGGUGUUUGUUUGUUCUUUCCUGGUGCUGAGAAGCUGUGACCGUGAGACGUUGUUCUGGUGACAAGUCCGGUUUGACCAAUUAGCUCUUUCAUUUUUUAAAAACGAUUAUUUUUUCUGUGUUCUGGUUAUUUUGGGGGCCGUCUUGCCGGGGAAGCAGCACUCUGCGCCGGCACCGUGAGAAAGCUUUGUAGGUUUGCAUGCUCGAGACAGUGUUAUGACAAGAAAAGAAAAAUAUAGAAAAGACACCCCCCCCCCCCACGUACCACUCCCUGCUGGGGGCGGCUCCUGGCGGCUGCCCGAGGAGGUGGUUCCCGGGUGGCUUUCACUGCACAGAAAGGGCUGUUGGAAAUCUGGUGGCAGCCCCACCACGUGCCCCGUUCUCCACUCUCAGCCGCUUGGCUUCCAAAGACUUUGUCCUUGACACGGACUAUUCAGCCUUUAAUGCCCGUCCUCACCCCGCUCCUCUGCAGGGGCCUGGUUGUGCUCGGUGGACGCUCGUGGCAGCAGACUGGGGGCCCCAGAGGGAGGUCUCCAUUGAAAGGGAUGCUUGCGUGCGUGCGGUGUCCCCGGAGCAGUGGGGCUGCGGGGCACUCGGUGCGAGUGGGGAUCUGGGGCUCACCCUUUGGGAAUGGUGUGAGCUGGGCUGUGGAGGCGGUGAGCGGUGGCAGGGCCGGAACGUUGUGCUGGGGGCGGGGCAGAGAUGCUGCUUGAGGGCAGGAGCCUAGGGGCUUGUCAGCGCUCUGAGGGCCGUGGGCGCCAGGCUGUGGGUAUUCAGAGCCAGGGAU